AUGGAAGACCCGGCGGCACAGCAGAGAGCUUUAGCGGAGGGGAACAAGCGCGUCAUGCAGGAAGCUUUCCUGAUGAAGAGAGCUACGGAUGCGAGCGACACGAAGAGCGCCUUCACGCACGCCGGGAACAUGCUGAAGGAGCUCAAGACCACACAGCUGUCGCCCAGAAACUACUACGAGUUGUACAUGAAGGUGCUUGAUGAAUUGCGCCACCUGGAGGAUUUCUUCACCUCUCAGAACAGGCAGGCGAGGCAGCCCAUGGUGGGUUUGUACGAACAGGCGCAGGCAUGCACGAUGGUGCUGCCAAGGCUGUACCUUCUCAACACCGUGGGAGCGUGCUAUAUCCUCUCCCAGGAGGCGCCGGCGAGGGAUAUCUUGAAGGACCUGCUGGAGAUGACGAAGGGCGUGCAGCACCCCAUGAGAGGCCUUUUUCUCAGAAACUACUUCUCGCACGUGACUAGGGAUAAACUUCCCGACGCUGGAUCACCGUACGAGGGCGAUGGGGGUAGCGUGGACGAUAGCGUGGAGUUUGUGCUGGAGAACUUCGUGGAAGCGAACAAGCUGUGGGUGCGCAUGCACGGACAGAAGGGUCCGUCCAAAGACAAGAAGCGUCGAGAGCGAGAGAGAAAAGACUUGAGGCUGCUGGUGGGCACGAACCUAGUCCGACUGUCCCAGCUGGAAGGGGUAGACGGAGCCAAGUACAAGACCGACAUCCUUCCGCCCAUCCUCGAGCAGGUGGUGGGCUGCAAGGACACCAUCGCCCAGAGCUACCUGAUGGACUGCUUGAUACAGGUGUUUCCGGACGAGUUUCACCUCGCUUCCCUCGAGGCGUUUUUGGACGGGGUGUGCCGGCUGAAGGAGAAGGUGCGGGUGAGACCGGUGCUGGAGAGCCUGAUGGAGCGCAUCGGGAACUACGUGGGGGAGCACCCGGAUGCCCUGCCCAAAGACGUGGACGCGUUCCGACUGCUGAACGACUGCGUGACGCGGCUUGUGUCGGAGAGACCCAAGCUGGAGCUGUCGGAGAUCAUCUUGAUGCAGGUCGCCCUGCUUCAGUUUGCGUCCCAGUGCUACCCCGGGAGGCUGGAGUACAUCAACCACUGCAUUGGCGUGUGCGGAAGGGCCAUGGUCAGCCGAGGCUUCGAGCCCCUGACUGGUGGCCGCCCGGCUCGAAGGGACCUACCCUUGGAGUGCAUCGAGGCAUUGCUCCGCCUCCUGUCCAUCCCCCUCAAAUCGCUCGGCCUGGGGGUGCUCUCUCUCGCGGAGUACAUAGACUUGCUCCACUUUUUGCCGUGGGAGUCUCAGAAACAGGUGUCGCUGGAGCUGCUUCGAUCUGUGCUGAGCAAGGAGUCAGCGCUAAGCGACCUCGAUUGCGUGGACAGGCUGUUGGGGAUGAUCGCGCCUAUCUUGAAGGACCCGCCAAACGGGGAACGGGGGGACGGCGAUGCUGCCAUGCAGGCGGCGCAGGAGGAGGAGCGCAGGUUGGUCGCCCGUGUGGUUCACCUCAUGCGUAACGAAGACACAGACUGCUACUUCCGGAUGCUGGUCGUUGCGCGGAGGCACCUUGGACAGGGAUCUCCGUCACAAGUGCAGUACACCCUCGUGCCGCUAGUCUUCCGGGCGCUCGGGCUCGCUCGCACCAUCCGGGCCGCCGAGGUGGCCGACGAAGAGCAGGCAGCCGCGGCGGAGACCGCGGCGGCGGCGGCCGCCGCCGCCUCCGCGGCUACCGCAAAAGCAGAGGCAGAAGCAAGGGCCACUGCUGACGCGGCGGAAGGGGGAGUUAACGGGGGGAGCGGUGGAGGCGCCGAUGACGAUGGUGAUGCCGAUGGUGAUGCCACGAACGGUGGUGAAAACGGGAAGGAGGGAGAAGGGGGGAGUGACGAGACAGAAGCGGCAGCGGCCCCGGCUGAGGGAGACGAAGACAGCGGGGAGACGGUGGCGCCGGCGCCGGCGCCGGCGGGAGAAUCGCCGGCGACCGGAGCAGAAGGGGCCGGCGACGACGAAGGGGCGUUUCCGCCGGUUCCGCCGGCGGCGGCGGCGGUGGCAAGACCAAGGCAGUUUUCGAGCCGAAAGGUGUACCAGUUUUUGCACGAGAUCGUGACGGCCAUGGCGCCGCUCCAUCCGUGGGUGUCGCUGUCGCUGUUCCUGCAGUGCGCGAUCGGCGCCGACCGCACGGGGUUCAAGGCCAUCGCGUACGAGUUUUUCAGCCAGGCCUUCAUCUUAUACGAAGAUGAGCUUUCGGACAGCAAGGCGCAGGUGCGAGCGCUGGUGUCGAUGGCGGGCACACUGCUCUCGUGCGAAGGCUUCGACCCGGUUGACUACGACGCCCUCGCGACGAAGACUGCCCAGUACGCCGCCAAGCUCUUGAAGAAGCCGGACCAGUGUAGGAUGGUGACGCUGUGUAGCCACCUCUUCUGGUCCCCUGACGAGGCCGCACCCGGUCGCCGCGACGCUCGCCGCGUCCUGGAGUGCCUCCAGCGGUCUCUCAAGAUCGCGGACGUGUGUAUCGCCGGGGGGGUGAACGCGCAGCUGUUCAUCGAGAUCCUGAACCACUACGUCUUCUUCUUCGAGGCAGACAACCCCGAGAUCGCCGGGCGUUACAUCUCGGGCCUUGUGGCCCUGAUCCACGAGCACGUGGACAGCCUGGACCCGUCCGACGCUCGCACCGAGAUGGAGAGGUACCUGAACAACACCCUGGAUCACAUCCGACGCAAGAAGGAACAGGCUGACCUCCCAGAGAGCCUCGGGAAAAAUUUUGCCUGGGUGACGAUAUAG